GCUGGAAGUUGCUAAAAAAUUACUAACUUCUGAUGGUUGUCUAAUUGUGGCAAUUGACAAGAACGAACAAGCCGAAUUAACUGUUUUAUUGAAAGAAUUAUUUCGGGGCUAUGAAAUUUAUGUUAUAACUAUCGUUCAUAAUCCAAGAGGAGCCCAAGGGACAAAUUUUUCUUAUACUCAUGAAUACGCUAUUUUUGCUGUUCCACAAGAGAGUUUGAGGACCGACGCUAAAAAUUGUUUUUAUCCUAUUAUUAUUGAAAAUGAAAAAGUAAUUGGUUUUGGAGAAGUAGUUGCCGACGAUUAUCAUCCGGAAAAGCAGACGAUUGAGAAAGACGAAGAAAUUAAAAAACUUUUGCGAGUAAAAAAAACAAAAAGUGGUUAUGAGAUUGAACUUGGAAAAGACUUUGGAACUUAUAAAACUAAUGCGAUAAUUUUAGACUUUUUUGCUGGCAGUGGCACCACGGCUCAUGCGGUUUUAGAACUUAAUAAGCAAGACGGAGGAAACCGAAAAUUUGUCCUCUGCGAACAAAUGGAUUAUAUUGAAACCGUAACCAAAGAAAGAAUUAGAAAAGUUUGUGAAAUUGAUAAUCAAGAGAGAAUGAAAAAAAUUGCUUUUUUGAGUUAUAAGAUAGAGCCAAAGGAUAUUGACAAUUCCAAACAAGAAUUUACAGAAUUAUCAUUUACCGACCAGAAAAAAUUUUUGAUUUCCCUGUUGGAUAAAAAUCUUUUGUAUGUUCCUUAUUGCGAUAUGGAGGAUAGAAGUUAUGGAAUUACUGAAGAAGUUAAAAAAUUAAAUUAUAGACUUUAUGGGGAAAA